UACGCCAGAGCAAGAUGGCUGACACGUCGGCUCCAGCCGGGGCCGGCAGCUCCGGAACGAGAUCUGGAAGCAAACAGUCCACAAACCCCGCUGAUAACUACCAUCUGGCCCGGAGGCGAACCUUGCAAGUGGUUGUGAGCUCCUUACUGACAGAAGCAGGCUUUGAAAGUGCAGAGAAAGCAUCUGUGGAAACAUUGACAGAGAUGCUGCAGAGCUACAUUUCAGAAAUUGGGAGAAGUGCCAAGUCUUACUGUGAGCACACAGCCAGGACACAACCCACACUGUCAGACAUCGUGGUCACACUUGUUGAGAUGGGUUUCAACGUCGAUACUCUUCCUGCUUAUGCAAAACGUUCUCAGAGGAUGGUUAUCACUGCCCCUCCAGUGACCAAUCAGCCAGUGACCCCAAAGGCCCUGACGGCAGGACAGAACCGUCCCCACCCACCACACAUCCCCAGCCAUUUUCCUGAGUUCCCAGAUCCCCACACCUACAUUAAAACCCCGACCUACCGUGAGCCUGUGUCGGACUACCAGGUCCUACGGGAGAAGGCUGCAUCCCAGAGGCGCGAUGUGGAGCGGGCACUCACCCGUUUCAUGGCCAAGACAGGCGAGACCCAGAGUCUUUUCAAAGAUGAUGUCAGCACGUUUCCAUUGAUUGCUGCCAGGCCAUUCACCAUCCCUUACCUGACGGCUCUUCUUCCAUCUGAGCUGGAGAUGCAGCAAAUGGAAGAGACGGAUUCCUCAGAGCAGGAUGAGCAGACAGACACAGAGAACCUCCCUCUUCACAUCAGUACGGAUGAUUCUGGAGCCGAAAAGGAGAAUGCAUCUGUCCUGCAGCAGAACCAGUCUUUGUCAGGAAGUCGGAAUGGGGAGGAGAACAUCAUUGAUAACCCCUAUCUGCGGCCUGUGAAGAAACCCAAGAUCCGCAGGAAGAAGUCCCUCUCAUGA